CUUAACUGUUGCCAAUGUGUUCACAACGGUACACCCUCUGUUGGGCUUUUUACCUCUACUACUCUAAUUUUUUGGUAUAUUUAGUAUGGAUAGUAGACAACAAUGGCUUACCAGACUGAAAAAUGAACUUAGCAACAGUCCUCUGGUCUCAAAUGUGGCUUUUGGAUUUAUCCUCAUGGGACUAGAGAAGCUGGUGGAGCUGGAGUUUGAGUGUCCUUGCAAUCCUAAAUGGAACGGAGUGUUUUCAUCUGCCUUCUUCAUCAUUCCUGCUGUCAUGGCCUUCACGUUGAUGCUGAUCAUUCAAGGAUGCAGGUGCGAUACGUGGUGCCAGAAGACUGUGUCUUUUUCCAGUUUUGUUCCUGCAAUCGUCUGGCUGAUCUUGUUGUUCCUCGAUGGCCAGUACUUUGCUUGUGCAAUGACAGACUGGAAGGGCAGAUUUGUCAUAGUUGAUAAAGCAGCACCGCAGAAAUGGUGUGAGCCAACUAGUGAGGGAGAUGUCACACCGCAAGAACUAAUGCUCCGCUCGCAGCAGCUAUUUGUUGUGUCUCAGGUUAUAGGUAUAUUUCUUCUCAUAAUCAUCUGUGUGGGACUCAUAGUGUAUGUGAUCAGAGAGAGCUGCCAGCAGGAGUCUGAGAUGCAGGAUGCAGACGUAGCAGAGCUCACCGUGCUCAGGAUGAGCUCUCUGAGAACCAGGACAACGUGAGAGGACAGGCUCCUCCACCCCACCCAUCCUCUCACCUGGCUGGCCUGCCCGCUGAGGCAGCUCUCAGAUGGUUCUGAUGGCUCUGAGGCCCUUGCCAUAGCCCAUGCCUUGUGUAGAGACUUUGUAAAUUACCUGAAUUGACAGCUUCGUUUGAAAGUACUCUUUCUAUUUGUAAAUAAGGAUUUUGGGGGGGGGAUUUCUUUUACCAUUUUGGGAUUUACCUUUUGCAUUUUCAAUGACCCCAUCAUUCAGAGAGUGAGUGCAUUUCAUGAAACUAAUGACAGAAAUGCCUUCAAACAGUUGCAUGCGGCACCCAUGGAAUGUAUAUGAGAGCAACAUAUGUGUAAACCAUGAACAUAGGUGUAUACCAUGAACAUACGUGUAUACCAUGAACAUACGUGUAUACCAUGAACAUACGUGUAAACCAUGAACAUACGUGUAUACCAUGAACAUAGGUGUAUACCAUGAACAUAGGUGUAUACCAUGAACAAUACGUGUAAACCAUGAACAUACGUGUAUACCAUGAACAUAGGUGUAUACCAUGAACAUAGGUGUAUACCAUGAACAAUACGUGUAUACCAUGUGCAGGCUUUUCUUUCAUUAUCAUCAACCACAUUUGGCCCAGCAACAGUGGGGAUCCACUUACAUACUGUUAUGUCAUGGACCUGCCUUCAAUGAAAUAUACAUUUAUACAGUCAUACGGGCAAUUUUAUACUAACUGGUUGAGCCAGUUUUAAUUUGUUGCUUCAUGAUGUCAGAACCUCAUGUAUAUUUUCUACUUAAGACAUUUUGACUAAUUUCAGAGUUCUAGGUCAAAUAGAAUGUACAGUACCAGUCAAAAGUUUGGACACACCUACUCAUUCCAU